AUGUGUAUCGCCCUCUUAGAGGUGAUACAAGCGCUUAUGUUACGGAAAGCGACAUUCUUGGCUGACGAAGACUGGAUAAAAGCACCAUUCCAGCUUUAUGAGCAGUCACAGUUACAAAACCUUCUCAAUCUAGCAGCGGCUCUCCCUGGUAUACUUGAGAGAAUCGAUGCUCUAAGGGAUGAAUCCGCCCAAACGGCAUCAAAGGAAGCGAAGGGAAUCAUCACACAGCUUGUGAAGAUGAAAAUGAAGUUUGAGUUAUGGGCCAAGUCUUUUGAAGCAGAGUCCCCGAUGGCGCAUUACUGGAACCAGACUAAUAACAAUGGCCUCGAAGAUCAAAAUGAUACUUUGUGCUUCUCCAGUCUAAGUACAGCCAAUGCUCUCACCUGUCUAUGGUCGGUUCAGAUUAUUUGCAUGUCGCAUAUUCAAGAUCUCUUGGCACGUUUCCCCGAGUUAGCUGCGUUCGCGAUUAUUGUUCCUAUCACAGCACUGAGAGAAACAUGCAUUGAAUUAAGCGCAAGGAUACUUCGAAGCAUGGGCUUCGUGAUGCAAGAUAGCUUCCUGCUCUAUGGACAAUUCUCGGCAACUUUCCCUUUGCACACAGCAUAUCACGCGCUUAGUAGAGACUCAAAAGGGAGAGCAGUCUUUGACAAACUUAGGAAAUCCCUUAUGCCUAGAAUCAGUUUCGAAAUCGGCUCUUUUGGUAAAAGGAUACCCACCAAUGGAAAACGCAAUGUUUAG